GUGCUAAAUUAUUGUCAAUAAUUAAUAUGCUGUUAAACUUUGACGACUAAUUUAUCAAUCAAUAUAUAUAUAUAUAUGAAAUACCAUGAUGUACUCAGUAAUUUUCAUUAAUUUAAUUAUUUGACUCAUGUACUUUAACUCCGCCUCCUUUUAUUUGGAGGAACUCUCUAUAAGUGAGUGCGAUUUGGUUGUUGAAGAUGGCCGAUGAACACAUCGAAGACGAUGCUGGAGAAGAAUCUAAGAAUAGGAUCAUCUUCAAAAAGCGUACAAAAGUCCAGGCUCGUAGACGCCAACGGGGUGACAGUAGUGAAGAGGGACAGAGAAGUUCUUCUGAUGAUGAUGGAAAUACAGCAGUAAAAGUCAGCCGCAAAACAAAUAGAAGAAAUCCUUUGGUACAGUCAACAAAACGAAUAAAAGUUGAAGAACACCAUGCCGCAAGCAGUUCUAGUGAGGAGGAUAAAGAAAUAGAAAAGCCUAGCUUAUCUGUAUCAUAUAAGUCAACUGGAUCUGCUAAACGAGUAGGUCCUGAAGAUAUGGGAGCCACAGCAACAUUGGAAAUAGAGACAGAAGCAGAGAAGGAUGCACAAGCUAUUUAUGAGCGCUCUCUUCAACUUCAGAAGGAGCUCAAAGGGAAGGAGGAUGACAAAAAGUACAGAGGACUCAACAACUAUACCCAGUUUUAUGAGAAGAAAGACACAGCACAGGGCAACGCAGCCAGUGGGCAUGUUAGAAAGGGACCAAUUCGGGCACCAGCUCAUUUGCGUGCUACUGUGCGAUGGGACUACCAACCUGACAUAUGUAAAGACUACAAGGAAACAGGCUUCUGUGGUUUUGGGGACAGCUGCAAAUUUUUGCACGAUAGGAGCGACUACAAGCAUGGAUGGCAGCUAGAGAGAGAAAUGGAAGAAGGUCGCUAUGGACAAAAUGAUGAAAAAAACUUCGAAAUAAGCAGUGAUGAAGAGGAUCUACCUUUUAAAUGUUUUAUCUGCAGAAAGUCCUUCACAAACCCCGUCAUCACAAAGUGUAAGCAUUACUUCUGUGAGAAAUGUGCCCUAAGCCAUUACAAGAAGUCACAAAGGUGCUUUGUGUGUAGUACCCAGACCAACGGUGUUUUCAACCCUGCUAAAGACCUAAUAAUGAAGCUGAACAAACGAAAGGAAGAAGGCAAUGAUGAGGUUACUCAAACAGACGACUCAGCAGAAGUAGAAAAUGAUGAGCCCAGUGAAACCGAAGAAAACACUUGACCUAAAUUUUUUCCCCAUUUUGACAAUUUAAAAAAAAUUUGGUCACACGUUUUGUGUUCCAAGUUGUUGUUAACUAUGUACAAGGCACCUUUUAUUUUUUGGUGUCAGGGACUUCAAUGUUUAAUAAAAAUGUUUUGUUCAGAUGCUG